GACAAAACGUAUGAGUUUAUAGUGCAAUGUUACAAAAUGAAUAAAAAAUAGAAAAAAUAUAAAAUUAGAUCAUCUGUUAUAAAUUACAAUGCAAAAGUAUGAAGUUUGGGAAUAAUAUUAGUGACCCAAAAUACCAAAGCCAAAACUGGGCCCAGUAUGAAACCAUAUCGCCGGGCUAACAAAGUUUUUAUGGUUCAACAGCUACGCUCGGCGUCGCGACUGGGUCGGCUGCGAGUGCUUGCGCGCGAGUUCGCCAACGAUGUACACUCUCUAUGGCGAUAUGGCGCGCCUUUUCCCACCUUCCUCAAACUCAUUGGAACUAUGCUUCUGUGUCUGCUCGUCAUUAUGCCCCUUAUUUACCCGGUGUUCAUCUUAGUGAUGACUUACUUUACAUAUGAGGGGCUAUAUUUGAGCUGGCGCCUCGACCAACCAUGGCGGUUUCUUCCCACGAGCAUCAUGCGGCGAGCACUUGCCGUGUUCUUCCGCCCGUGCAACUUGCACGACGUGUGGAAGGUCCGGGAGGUGCUGACCAGAGGCAUCCUGCUCGCUCACUCGCUCGCCACCUCCGUGGACUAUUUGUGCGUCAUGCAGGGACUACUUGACGAAACCUAAGCUCUACGAAAUUUUAUCAGACAGGUGUUUUUAAAUAAGUUUUCUGUAGAGACCACAUUUACGUCCUUUUUGGACUUGAAGGGUGUUGAAACUGCAACUGCGUGAGGUGCUGACAGGGCCGGUUCCAUUCAGGAAAAUGGUGAAACUUGAACUAUAGAUAAUAAACCUCGGGAGAUACAAACACUUGUCUUAUUUUAAACAAGAAGUCGAGUAGGUAUUACGAUAAGCAAGCCCUUGUGCCGUCCAUGCGACUUACACAACGGGAGAAUGAUAUCUACUGAAUAAUUUUGAAUACUAUUCAGAAAAGCCGUCAAUCCUAAGUAGGUUAUGUUUAUGAGUUGAGCGGUAAAUUAUCUGAAUUAAUUUUUAGAUUUUAAAUUUAA